AUGGGUUCUUAUGCAGAAUCUAAACUCCCUAUAGUAGAAUUCAACGAAAAAAAUUUGAUUCCUGGUACAAAAUCCUGGGAAUCAACUUCCCAUUCCGUUCGUCGUGCACUCGAAAAAUAUGGAUGUUUCAUAGCAGUGCACGAGAAAAUCACUACUGAAAUGCACGACGCAAUGUUCAAAUCUGCAAUGCCAUUAUACGAACUUCCAGCGGAAAGAAAAAUGAAAUUGGAAUGUAAUUUUCUUGGCUCUGGCUAUGGUUCCAAUUAUCCCAGGAUGCCCCUCUGUGAAUACUUUGGAAUUGAAAAUGGAGCAAAUAUUGAAGGUACCAAAAACUUCGCCAGCCUCAUGUGGCCCGAGGGAAAUGAUCAGUUCAGUGAAACUACAGCUUCGUACUGUAAGCUGUUAUCGGAAUUGGAAGCUGCCAUUACGCAAAUGGUGUUUAGUAGUUAUGGCGUGGAGAAAUACUUCGAGGCUUUCACUCAAUCCUCAUUUUACCUGACAAAAUUCUUGAAAUAUCGAGUCCCAAAGGAAAAUGAGAUUAAUAUGGGACUUGUACCUCAUAUUGAUAAGACUUUUUUUGGCCUAAUUGACACAAGCACAAAAGGUCUAGAGAUUGAAACAAGAGAUGGUGAGUGGAUUAAUUUUGAGCCAGCCCCUAACACUUUCCUAGUCAUUGCAGGCGAGCUAUUCACGGCAUGGAGCAAUGGACGAAUAUAUGCUCCCCUCCAUAAGGUGGUCAUAACAGGAGAUGAAGCAAAAUACUCAGUUGGACAAUUUUUAUUCUCGAAUGGGACGAUGGAAGUACCACCUGAGCUAGUUGAUGAUGAAAAUCCUUUGAAAUUCAAGCCAUUCAAUCAUUUGGAAUUUCUUAAAUAUUGCAAAGAGGGAGGACAAGCAACGUUAAAAAGUGCCAUCGAAACCUAUUGUGGAAUUUGA